AUGGAUGUUGUUCAGGAUCCUGAAAAUGUGGAACGGGUGCCGGGCACUUGCUCCUUCGCGCUCUGUCUGGUGCGCGCCUGCCGCGGGGAGUUGCAGUUUGCCUGGGAGGAGUCAGAAGAUCUGAUGCUGGAGUUUGCAAGCAAAGUGCCGGGUUGGCAGCAGCUUUCGCGGGCUGACCUGCAAAGACAUCGUUGCCUGCGCUGGAACCCGCUGUGGUGGCUCUGCAUUCUGGGCUGCGCAGCCUGCAUCGUGUUGGGGCACGGCUUUCACGCCACCUUCUGCCAGGGAGGAUCUGUGCGCACAGAUGAGUACGAGGUCGAGCGGAGGGCUCGAAUCUGGUGGGUCUAUUGCUACUCCGGAGGCUUCGUGGGAACCGUGCUCGUGGAUAUCGUGGCUCUGCUCUCUGCACUUGCUAGUAACGGCAGCCAAGAGGAGCGGAAUCGUACCAUCCGCUCCUGCCAAGUGGCCAUUCUGAUCCAACUGUGGUACAUGAUCGGGGACUUGAACUUGCUCUAUAGAAUGAGCCGUAAAGAUACUGUCCUCAUGCAUGCAGCGGCCAUCAGUCGCGUCACCUUUGGCGCUGCCUUCUUGGUUGCGUUUGUCAUCGGCCUGCUGACCCCAGCUGGUCAGGCAGCUUUCCAUCGCUGGGCUGAGGGGCAGCCAGAGCCUCCAGGGCCUGAGGCGGGACAUCCUCCUGGACCUCCACCACCCCGCGAAACAGCAAUUACCUGGAUGAUUCGGCUGUUUUUCUGCCUCUUCAUGGUAGUGGCCUACCUGGGCUACACGCCACUUCUGCGUCUCGACUACAGCGAAGCGGAGCCACUGGCGCAGUCCGCGGCGCAGCGUGGCCUCUGGAAGUUGAAGGUGGCUUUGGUGGCUGGCGUUGUGGUGCUGGCUGCGGAAGGAUUCAUGUUCUCCAGAGGUCCUGGGCUCUACAUGCUAGCUGCGCAGCCGUUCUUUGUGCUGGGCACCGCCUACCUCAUGGAGGAUGGGAAGCUGAGUUGCCGCAGGUUUGUGGCCGCCUUGGGCGCUUUGCUGCCGUUUGUCGUGGUAGGCAGCGGGUUUGCAAUAUGCGGACCAUCGCUGUGGGAGAUUCUGGCUGGGCGCAGUCACGAGGAGCAGGCAGGCUGUCGUGAGGUGACGCGCAAGGAUGAGGACCUUGGGGAGCGCGAGAAGACUAUCCUGCGCGAGCGAUCCGAGCUGUUUGCGCAAGGGCUACUGAGCUGGCCAGGGGAGGGCAUCAGCUUGCUGGCACAGAGCGCCAAGCGCGAGCAGGAGCUCGAACGGAAGAGCCUGGAAAUCCGAGAGCGCGAGAACGAGCUUCGCAAGAAGGAGCGCGAGGUGGACUCUCUCAGGGACCAGGUUCGCAAGCUCGAGGAUCAGGUCCAGCAGGAGCGGAGAGCCGCCGAGGAUCUCCAGUACAAGAAUCAGAGCUUGGUGCAGGAACUCCACCUGCGGAACCGUGAGCUCCAGGAGCAGUCCGAGGAGCUGGCCAAGUUCAUCCAGGAGCUUGAUGCACAGUCCAGGGGCAAUAUCCCCAGCGUGAUCAAGGAGACCCGACAGGCGCGGGAAGAGGAUCCGGAGAACGUCCAGCUGAAGGCCUGGUCGGCUAGCAUAGAAGGAGAAGCUUGCGAAGUCGGAGCAGGGGCCCCGGAGCCAGCGGAGUCGUGGAAGGCUCUUGCACAUCGUGAGUGCUGCGGCGGCUCCAGCCAUCAGUCGAACCCAGAUUGCUUUGAUGCGAUCUACACAGAGGAGUUGUGUUGCGCGGAAGCAGACUGGGAUGAGGAGGCAGCUCUCUCAAAGCUAGGAGAUAUGCGCCGACGGAAGAACAGGGGAGCCUCUGAUGAGUUCGUUGCAGUUUCUGGCAGUGCAAGCGAUCCUUUGCACAGUGCGGAGGACCCCAACCUGCCAGGGAAUGUGAAGAUUGACGCACUGCAGCGUUACAUGGAGGACGACAUGUUAGAGCCUGAGCACAGACUGGGCUUUUUGCCGGGAAAGGUGCUUCUCUACUUGUUCUGCUGCAAUGGCUUCCACAACGAGUACUGUUGGGGCCCGGCCAUGCCGCAGGCCCUCUUACCUGAUGUGGAUGCAUGGGAAGGUGCCGGAGCCUCAGUGGGUAUCCGCGCUGUUGCUUUCCGCGACUGCGGGGCAAAGACGCAAGGCGUCAUGAUGGUAGUGUUUCCUUUGUCGCGGUCCAAGCAGGCUGGAAGCCAAGCUAUGCCUAGCUUAGAGAGGCGGCAAAGCUUUCAAGAGCUCUUCCGCUUCUGUGACUACCACAUCAUCAGCUUUGCGCAGAUUCUGCCUGAAGGCGGCGGGCCAGCUCGGUCCUUCACUGAAGCCGAGGGCUGUCCCUUUGAGGGCCUCAAAGACACGGGCCGCAAGGUGUCCGUUGGCCGUUUCCUGCCGCCUGUGAAGCCGCAGGACAUUAUUUGCAUCGGCCUAAACUACCGGGCGCAUGCCGACGAGCUGAAGCUGCCGUACCCGAAGAAUCCAGUAGUUUUCAUGAAGCCGACGACCUGCGCAGCCGGUCACGGCGACGCGAUAGCCAAGCCGCGGGUCACAGAGAAGAUGGACUAUGAGGUAGAGCUUGCAGUCGUCAUCGGCCGUGAGUGCAAGGAUGUGACUCCUGAGCAAGCGCUGGACUACGUCCUGGGGUACACAUGUGCGAACGACCUUUCCACCAGAGACUGGCAGAAGGUUCCCGAGCUUGCUGGUAGCCAGUGGUGUCGGUCCAAGAGCUUCGAAGGGUUUGCACCUUUGGGGCCCAUCUUGGUGACCAAGGACGAGGUUCCCGACCCUGGGGCACUUCGAGUCCAGACGUUUGUGAAUGGUGUGCAGAUGCAGGAUUCCUCAACCAGGGACCUGAUUUUCAGCGUGCCGCAGAUCAUCAGCUUCCUGUCCAUGGGGACAAGGCAUAUCACUUGCCUCCAGGUGUGGCUGAAGGUCGCAGCCCGCAACCGUUCCAUUCCAGUUCUGAUGCCCAGGCCAGGCGAUCGCGUGGCAGUGGAGGUGGAGGGUCUCGGCCGGUUCGGCACUGCAACUUCACGCAGCGAGGCCCUGCAGCACCGCGAGAAUUUGGGACCAUCCGGAGACCAUGGAGUUUCGGUGACGGGGGUCAAAUGCUGGAGUCUGGUCAAACCGGAGUUAGUGAAGACGGCCUUGGCAGACCGAAUGGUCCUGGCCGGAACUAGCAAGACGGUGCCCUUGUGGACACCGCCAUGGGUGGGACUGCCUCCUCUUGUUCAGGUUGGCGGCUUCGCCUUCAUCAUGCUCAUAGUUGCCGGUGUGACACCGUUGUUCAUGGGCCAGGGCCUCUUUGGCUUGAAGCCACCUGUGGAGCCGGAGCCUGUCGAAGAGGAGAAGCCCCAAAUUGAGCUUGGUGUAACCGAUGAUCUCUUUGCACCGGGUCGGCGGCGCCGAGCAGCGCCAAAGCCGGCAAAGAAAGCGGCCCCGGCGAUGUCCGAGGAGACUCCUGAGGAGGCCGCGCCCAGCGAGCCUGAGCCGGACGCAGAGGCCAAGCCGCGCGUCUCGGCAUGGCAGCGACUGAAGGACUGGAUGCUGGUGCACACAGAGCCAAGGCCGGCAAAGCUUCCGGCCAAGCUGGCCAGGCCAGCUCCUGGGGCCAAGUCCCCGCGCUCUCUGGGCUCUCUGCACUGUGCAGCCUCCUUCAAGGUUUUGGCUGUUGCGCUACCGCUGGCGCUGGGGAGGCGGCAGCUGAGAACAUCUCGAGCUUGCCGAUGCCCUCAAGGUCGGCUGCCAAAGCGCCGAGAGACGUUGCUGGCAGGGGUGGGUGCGGGAGUUGCCAGUCAGAGCGCCCAGGCUCUCGACGGGGCUGAGAGUGAUUACGUUUAUCCAGAAUGGUUCACCUUGCCGUUGGCGCCCUACGCGCGCCGGCGGACGUUGCAGAAAGAAAUUGUGCCAGGGCAGGUCUGGGUCCUGGAUCAAAUUUUCGGCACUUUCUAUGUGCACGUUCCCAUUCGAGCCACGGUUCUGAAGGUUGACGGUGGCCUGCUGGUCUACGCCCCGGUGGCGGCGACCAAGGAAUGCGUUGGUAUGAUCAGAGCUCUUGAACAAGAGCACGGACCAGUUCGAUGGAUCUUGCUUCCUUCCAAAGCUGUCGAGCACAAGGUCCUCACGGGUCCAUUUGCUCGAAGAUUCCCAGACGCGAAGCUCUUUGUAGCUCCCGGACAGUUUUCCGUCCCCAUCGAUUUACCGCUGAGUUCCCUGGGGUUUCCUCCCUUCGAGGUCGUUGACCCGAGCCGCCUGGACGAGCUCCCCUGGGCAAAAGACUGUGACACAGCUCACGUAGAUGUCAGCACGUUCGGCGAGAUCGCUCUCUUUCACCGAAGUUCCAAGACUUUGGUCGUCACAGACUCGCUGAUCUCUAUCCCGGAGGAUCCUCCCCCACUGCUACUGGAUCCUGAAUAUCGGAAGGCCUUGGCUUAUCAUGCCCGCGAUGAUGAGGGUAGUCUGGUGCUGGAUGCUGAUGCCCAGCGCCGCGGCUGGGCCCGAAUCUCCUUGUUUGCAACAUUCUUUAACCCCGGCGCGCUGGCAGAAGGCGAGGUGCAAGUUCCUGAGGCAUCUGCCAAGCGCCCCUGGCGAUGGCAGCCUGGAUGGCAGGAAAGCUUCCGACGACUUCGCAAUGAUGGGAAGCCGCUAGUGGCACCCAUCAUCAGGGAGCUCAUCCUCAAGCAGCAGCCGGAAAAGACCAAGGCCUAUGUUGACAGGAUCUGCUCCUGGGGCUUUGUCCGCGCUGUUUCUGCGCACUUUGACUGUCCGAUCAAGAUCUCUCCCAAACAGUUCCGGGAGACCUUCUCCUUCGCGAGCGGUUCUGGCGCGGGCAACCUCAGGUACUGCGCUGAAGAUGUUGCCUUCCUGGGUGAUUUGCAGCAAUCUGCCAUUCCAGAUGGGCAGCCAGUGAGGGCGGAAGGACCCUGCGGCUACAAGUCAAAGCCACGGGGAUAG